AUGCAUAUUGCUGCUAUUAAAGGCUAUAUUAAUAUUGGACAAAUCUUAGCCGGGCAUGGUUGCCGAUUGAAUAUUCGCGAUGUUAAUCAUAUGACACCGCUACAUCGAGCUGCUUUAUACAAUCGCGUGGAUUUCAUCAAAUUCUUAAUUAAAAAGGUAAUUUACGGUCGAAUUCAGUGUGUUCAAAUCAUUUGCGAAAUGGCUCCUAAACUAAUCAAUUCUCAAAAUAAGCGAGGUCGAACACCAUUGCAUUUUGCAGUGAUCGGGGGCCAUAAAGAUAUUGUUCUCUAUUUUCUCAAGCAAGGAAGUAAUUUAGAUUGCAGGUAG